AUGUCGCAGCCGCCGUCGAAACCCCACGGAAAGCCUGGGCCAGGGGGCGGUUGGUCUGCCAGACCGAACGUGCCCGGCCACAUCAGGCCCCCGUCACCUUACAGCCCCUCGAGCUCGCCGCACCCGCAACGGCCCCGGGGGCCGCCCACCCCUGUUCAUCAUGCUCAUCCUACGUCGCCGAUGACGUACUCCGGAAUGAUGCACCCGAUGAGCCCGGUGCCGAUCGGCAUGCCGAUCUCGCCGGGGAUUUCGCCGGUCUUCGGAUCACCGUCCGGCUACAUACAGUGUCCUAGACCUAGGUGGCCGUCCCCGAUGCCUGUCGGGAGCCAGGCGCCCAGACCCUACAUACCGGCUCAGAGCUCAGCGGAAAGCGGCGCAUCGUCGCCAUUGGUCUGCGGGCCGCCGGAAUACAUGAUCGGCCCGUACAGAUCCGGCGAUUACGAGUACGUCGGCGUGCCGCUGGAGCACUCGCAGACGGAAGAGGAAUCCAGCGGUCCCAGCACCGCGGAAAUAAUAGCCAACCAGAGCCAAGAUUACGUGGACGAGAAGCUCGCCGAGUACCAGGCGACGAUACAGCAACUUCAAAUGGAAACCAGUCAAACCGAGCGUACAAUCUCCGAGAAGAUUUCCAAUGAACAUGAUUAA